GACGGGCCCGCCCGCCAUGGAGCCCCAGGAGCUGGGCAGAUACUACGCAUAUCUUCAGCAAGCUCAAGCAUUUUACUCGUUUCCAUUCCAUCAGAUGAUGACUGCAGUGCCCAACAUGGAAACGAUGGCUGAGCAGCCGACUCUAGAGGGCAUUCCAGAGCCAAACAUUGCUCAGGAGCCUCCGAAAGAAGUUAAGAAAGGAGGAAGGAAAAGAAAAGCCAAAGCAACUGAGCCAAAGCAACCCAAAAAGCCUGCUGCUAAAAAAGAAAAAACAGCCAAGUCAAAAGGCAAACAAGAAAAGAUCACAGAUACUUUUAAAGUCAAAAGGAAAGUGGAUCGUUUUAAUGGUGUAUCUGAAGCUGAACUUCUGACCAAGACCUUGCCUGAUAUUUUGACCUUUGAUCUGGACAUUGUAAUAAUUGGCAUAAACCCUGGCCUGAUGGCAGCUUACAAAGGACAUCAUUACCCGGGACCUGGAAACCAUUUUUGGAAGUGUCUGUUCAUGUCUGGUCUAAGUAAUGAACAACUGAACCAUAUGGAUGACCACACUUUGCCACAUAAAUAUGGGAUUGGAUUUACGAACAUGGUUGAAAGGACAACACCUGGAAGCAAAGACCUUUCUAGCAAAGAGAUUCGGGAAGGAGGGCGAAUUCUGAUGCAGAAGCUACAAAAGUAUAAACCUCGUAUAGCAGUUUUCAAUGGAAAAUGUAUUUAUGAAAUUUUUAGUAGAGAAGUUUUUGGAAUUAAAGUUAAGAACUUGGAAUUUGGACUGCAGCCACACAAAGUGCCAGAUACAGAAACUCUCUGCUACGUUAUGCCAUCAUCCAGUGCAAGAUGUGCUCAGUUUCCCCGGGCACAAGAUAAAGUUCAUUAUUACAUAAAGCUGAAAGACUUAAGGGACCAACUGAAAGGCAUCACACCAAACACAGACGUGCAGGAGGUGCAGUAUACAUUCGACUUGCAACUUGCACAAGAGGAUGCUAAAAAGAUGGCUGUCAAAGAAGAAAAAUACGACCCAGGCUACGAAGCAGCAUAUGGAGGAGCUUACUGUGAUCGUGCACCGUAUGACAGCGAGCAGUGCAGCUUCUCUUCCAACGGAACGGGUAAAGUGCAGCACUCUGGGCAUUCAGGCUGUAUGUUCCCACUGCUUGGGAACAAGGACUCAGGGGUGUCAGCUGCAUGUUGUAAACAGUGGGAUUUUUGUUUUGUUUCAGGGGGAAGCAAUCCACAGUACUGCGAGGGGUCCUCCUUCGGUAUGGUUCCUAAUGGACAGUGGAUGACACAGUCCUUUGCAGACCAGAUACCAGAGUUCAAUGCCGGUGUGACACAGGAAGAGGAGGGAAGCAGCGUGUAGGGGCUGUUCCUUCUCAGCUAUGCAUCCAUGCUGCAGUUUUAAUGCAGUGACCAAGAUUGGUACCUCGGUUCUCCAACUGAAGCAUUUUAAUAGUAUUUUAUCUCCCCUAGUUAUUUUAUUAUAGUCCAAAGUAAGUGUGUGGUAGGCUGAAAUCGAUGAACUAGAUGAUUUUAAGGAACUGUUCAAACUUUUUUUAAAAAAGUUAGCCCUUUUUUGUAUAUGAGUUUUAUAUUUAAUGUAUGCCAUUUCUUGCAGUUUUUGACAAAUUGCUUUCUCAUUUGUGAAGAUUUCUUUUGGGCGUUAAUUUUAUUUCAUGAAUUGUAAUGUAGUAGUAACAGCAGCAGUAUACUUCCUACUGAUGCCUCAAUAUUUGGAUAUCUCACAAUCCUUUUAUAUCCAGAGGGGAAAAUGGGAAGUGUACCCUUAACUUAUGUGAAGCGAUAUUUUUAAUCAUGCACAGUUAAGGAAAUUGUGCUUUUUAAGUCUGCCUUUUACCUUCUUAAAAAGUGCAGAAAGUUGCACUCUACAGCUGUGAGUACUGAGUAUCUUCUGGGUGGGAAGAGAGAGCUCUGUCUGUUUGGUGAGUGGACCAUAUUCAGGAUUAAGGGAGUGAAGACAUCCUCUCAAGUCACAACACUGGGAGGAAAAUUUGUGUCACACAGGACAGGGCCUAAAUAUUCUAGCUGAGCUGGCUUACGGUAAGAUAUCCCUACCACUUCAACUCUUUCCCUCUGAAAGUACAAUGUAAGGAACUGGAACUCCUUGAAAAAAGCCCCAAAACAAACAACAGUGGUGGUUCUUCAAUUCUGUAGCAUUCAAACCACUGUCAUUACUGUGUGAUUAGUCUCUUCACAUGACCUUCAGCAGUAGACAACCCCUUCGAACAGAUUACAUGUCAGGGAAUUGAAAGGCUGCGUUCUCUGUAAAAAUCACGUACAGCUACAUCGUUUACAUCAUGUACAAUUAGCACAGGGUGAAAAGAGUUUGCAGUUUAGCAGGUUUUAACAUUCCAUUCUCUUCAGUCUGUAGAGGGUGGUCUUCUUAUUCCUCUUACAAGCAAAAAAUACUGAGUUAAAUAUAGGAGCAGCUGUUCCAUGAAUAAGAAGUUGGCUGUAGAAACUACAGCUCCCUUCUAAGGAACUUGCCUAAAUGAUAUACAUUUUUGACCAAUAUUAGUUAAUGAGAAAGAAACGAGAUUCCAUCCUGGUGCUUAACCAUCGUCUUCUUUCCCUCCUUUAUCAUGUGAGGAAGAGAUGAAGUAAAAGCAAUAAGCUGAUCAAAACACUACAGUUUUGAUGAUCUUAUGAUAGUUGGUGCUUCACAUACUUGAAAAACAGAUACAAACAGUAUCUCCACACUCCGUGCGGGCCAGAGAGUCCUGUAUGGCGUAAUUUAUCCUUUCUUCACAGCCAGCAAUGGUUGGCAGUAGUGUGUAACUAGUUAGUGUAGGUUCUAAUCUUGCUAUAACAGCUCUCCCAGAGAUUGCACACUCUCAACCUGUUAUGAGGCAGGCAUGAUGUUUACAGUUUUCUCCCAAAUUAUGUGGCUUAAUUCUGAGCGUCUUAAAUCAAGAAAGUGUGCAUUAUGAUUCUGAUUGUGUUUAUUAGCUUCAGCAUAAAGCUAUUCUGUAUAUUGUCAGAAAGGUAUAGGACUUGUCUGUUAUUUAAAGUGUACUGUAUCAUGUAUUGCUGUUUACAUGGGUGUUUUCCUGCAGGUGCUCAAAGUAUCUUGCAUCAGGGAUUUGUUACAAUUCAAUUAUUUUAUUUUCAACAAAAUUGGAAGCAUGGAAUUAGCACUGCUGAGUAUGUAGCACGGUAGGAUUUAACUCCUGAAAGGCUAUCCUCUUUGAGUGGAAGGGAAAGGUGUCUUCUUUAAAGGAGUCACUGGGUACAAAAUACAGUUAAGUCUACAAUGACCGUUUCACUAAAUACUGCAAUUCUAUGUGUCCUCCCUCAGAACUGGUGCUCUUUUUGUUACAGUAAUACAGAAGUUCUUAAUCUGUCUUAAAUCUAUCCAUGUUUCACAAUAAAAUCAGGAAUUGUA